CCCGGGGAUAGCACCCUCAGCCCGGCAGAGAGCCGGAGUUAAUUCGCCUUUAAAACCCCUCUGAGAUUACUGCAUCCAAUACAUGACCCAACAUCACCGUGCCAACCGUACCUUGGCUACGUCCCGGUUUUCCUUAAACAUCUCUGACUCCCGCUCCUCCCUGGGCAGCCCAUUCCAGUGUCAAAUCACUCCUUCGAAGAAAUUCCUCAUAAUGCCCACCCUAAACCUGCUGAGGUGCAGCUUAAGGCAAUAUCCUCUUGUCCUGUCACUGGUUCCUGGGAUAAGAGACUGACCCUGAAGGUCUAGGGUGGAUAUUAGGAAAAGGUUCUUCCCCCACAGUGUGACCCAGCACUGAACACCCCUCGUGAACCCAAUACCUCAAAGGUCUUUCCCAACUGAAAUGAUCCUCGGAUUCUGUGAAACUGUGAGAUUACAAGUUGAAACUUUUUAUAGUUGAGCUCUUUGUGGUUUUUUUUUUCCUCCUGGAUGUCGUAGGUAUGUAAAUCCAUCAUUUUCUGUGCAGGACAUUGGUUGUGACAACUGCAGUUGCUGUCCCUUUCAUCAACAGUAGGGACUGUAGAAAAGCAUUUCUUUGCUGACGUGAGGGAAAUUCCUACAAUUUCAUUGAAAUUUUUUCAUUAUUAAUAUGUCAGAAUUUGGAGCAGAGGGAUUCUCCCAAACUGCGUCCUGACAGCGCACCACGCAGGAGAGAGGCUAUGAAUAAAAGAGGCCAUCAAUAAAAGAUGGGGCUCAUUUAAUUUGCAGUAGGAUCUCACCUUCUGGAGCCGGGGAAUGCUGCUCCUGAGGCUGUGGCAGACACAGACCCAGGGAAUGAGGGUGUCAGGUUCUGCUUCCACCGGUGCUCAGUGCAGGAAUGUUCAGGCUGUUCUCAGUCUGUGACUCUCGGGAAAUGGACCUGAAUGGGCUUUGACAAGCUAAUACAGCCAGCAUUCUGCUUUUGGGCACUUAAGGCGUUGUUUUAUAGCAUUUACCAGCAAUGGAAAACUGAAUUUUCUCUGCUUUAAUCAAAGAAUUAAUUAAAAUUAAUUAAUGUAAAUGCUUGAGUGUGUUGUUUCAGCCUCAUUUUUGUGUUUCUAAAUGUGCGUGAUACUUCUGAAAUGCAAUGCAAACUCAUCCAGUUUUAGAAGCGUUUAUUCUCUGCUUUUGGUGGGAAUUUGGUUACCUGGAAGAUGAUCCUGGAAGAGCAAUGAUCUGCACAAAAUUACGGACUUCUGCAGAGAUGCAGUAUCAGAGGGCUUUUUCUGUUGUUUACCUUUGGAGCACACGGUUCUCGUUCUUCUGGUUCCCUGCAGAGCAGCCAGAGCCAGCUCGGAUGCUGGAGUAGUUUCUCUGGGAAGUCAUGUUAAUGCACAGCUUCUUUUUGUUCACUUUUGGACUAAUUUUUACUGGAAACCCUUUUUGGAUAACAGGGGUAUCCUCUGAACACACAUCCAGACUUUCUACAUUAGAAAUAAUCAUUCCUCGAAGUCUGACAGGCAGAGAAAAACGUCCCCCAUUUUCUCAUGAGGAGCAUUCAGAUGACAAUCUUUCUUACUCGGUUAAAACCAGAAAUGGAACAUACCUCCUAAAGCUGAAGAAAAAUAAAAAACUUCUUAGUGACAACUUUAAGCUGUACACAUAUGGGGAAAAUGGGAAGCUGCAGGCAACACCAUCUAAAAAUGAGACACACUGUUAUUAUCAUGGCACUGUUGAAGGAAUUGCUGACUCCACACUUGCUCUUAGCACAUGUGAUGGCCUAAGGGGAAUUCUCUACAUUGGAGGCAGAUGGUAUGGAAUGGAGCCCCUCAACACAUCCAGCACCUUUGAACAUGUGCUGUAUGAACUGGAAGAUGAGCAGGGGAUCCCCUUCCACUGCGGGGUGCUGAAGGGCAGCCUGGAGCAUGAGACGUUCGUGAAGCAGUCUGUGAAAUACACAUUUUCAUCAAACACUACCUCCAGCAGGGACAGGCCCCUCAGGGAGAAGCGAGCAGUCCUGCCCCAGAGAAGCUAUGUGGAAUUAUUUGUGGUUGUGGAUCACAACAGGUUUUUGCUGAAGAAUUCUGAUCCUGCUGCAGUGCAAAAGGAAACAGUGGAGCUGAUUAAUUAUGUUGAUGGGAUGUAUAGAGCAUUAAACAUCCAGAUUGUUUUGGUUGGAUUAGAGGUUUGGACAGAUGCCAACCACAUAUCUGUAAUGGAUGGUUCAGCUGGAGAUGUGCUGAGUAGAUUUGUUUCUUGGAGGCAGAAGGAUCUUCUGAAGCGCUCAAGAAAUGACGUUGGUCACCUCAUAAUAGGGAGGAGCUCUUUCAGUGGAUCCAUUGGAAUGGCUUUUGUGGGUACUGUGUGCUCACAUGUCCAGGGAGGGUCAAUCAGCACUCUGAAUCAUGACAAAAUGUUACGGCACGCCACAGUAGUUGCACAUGAGCUGGGGCACAAUCUGGGAAUGAAACAUGAUGAUAAGAGGUGUCCUGCAUCCUAUAUCAUGCACAGCACGGAUAAUGGAUCCAGGAAUUUCAGCACCUGUAGUGCUGAUGAUUUUGAGGCCUUUAUUCUAAAUGGAGGAGGAAACUGCCUUAGAAAUCCUCCCAAAACAAGUAAUGUGUACAAAGAACCUGUCUGUGGUAAUAAUGUUGUCGAUAAAAAUGAAGAAUGUGACUGUGGCAAACCACAGGAAUGCUCCAACCCCUGCUGUGAUGCUGCCACCUGCAAACUCACACCUGGCUCACAAUGUGCUCAAGGACUGUGCUGCAAAAACUGCAAGUUCAAAGUGGCAGGAGCAGAGUGCAGAGCAAAGCAAGAUGUGUGUGACCUCCCUGAGUACUGCAAUGGAAGCACUGCCUACUGCCCAGAUGAUGUUUACAUCAUGAAUGGCCACCCGUGCAGCAACAGCAGGGCUUAUUGCUACUAUGGGGUGUGCCAGAGCUUUGAUUCACAGUGUGAAUCCAUCUAUGGCAAAGGGGCACGGAAAGCACCUGAUAUAUGCUUUGAGAAAGCAAAUAUUAAAGGAGAUAGGUUUGGAAACUGUGGGAUGAAAGGUGGAGUGUACAAGAAAUGCCCUGUCCAGCACAGUCUGUGUGGGAAGCUGCAGUGCACAUCUGUCAGUCUGCAGAACCUGCCAGCCUGGAGCGUUGUCAAUAACGCAUCCGGGGUUUUGUGCUGGUCCUCUGACUUUGACCUAGGCUCAGACAUCCCUGAUCCUGCCCAAGUUCAUGAUGGCACAGCCUGUGGAGAGAACAAGGCCUGUUUAGGUUUUGAAUGUCUUGAUGCAAGAUAUCUGGGCUACAGCUGUGAUGUAAAGCAGAAGUGUAAUAAUAAUGGGGUGUGUAACAACAACGGGAAUUGUCACUGCAACCCGGGAUGGGCCCCUCCAUCCUGUAACCAGUCUGGCUACGGUGGCAGUGUGGACAGUGGCCCAGCUCACACAGAUACAUCACUUCGGGAUGGGCUGCUGAUUUUCUUCUUCCUGGUGCUGCCUGUAGCCAUCCUCACUGCAGUUGCAAUAUUUAAACGUGAUGCAAUAAGGAGAAAACUUUGCAGGAAAAGCAGAGGACAGCACAGGGAUAACAACGGGCAGGAACCAAAGCAAGGCAACAGAGCAAGUCAGGAAACAGGAAAUAAUCAGCCUGCUGCAUCAAGUCACAAUAUUUUUACCAAAUUGCAUUUCCCUGGCACAAGGCAGCCAGUCCAAACCCAGCUUCCUGCAGCUUCCUCAGGACCCCAGCGACCCCCAGUCCCACACAGACCAGUUGUCUGAGAUGUUUCUUGGGAACCCUCAACCAAUUCUGACAAAAACUGGCCUGGAAAACAUAUGAAAGGAUUUCAGUGCUCCAGUGGUGCCCUUGAGCAGCCAAAAUGCCUUUGGGAAGCUCCUGGCAGGCCUGGGUGCCCAGGGGCACUGAGCACAGGUUGGUGACACCCCAGAGCUCAGCUCCUUGCUGCUGGCUGUGUUUGUGCCUCCUCUACCUCACCUUUACAGCUCAGACCCUGGAGUGAACCUGGAGAGUGUCAGAGAGCAGGACUCUCCAUGCUGCUGCUCCCUCUCAGGGCACAGGGCACUGAGCUCUGCUCUUCACUGACAAAAUUCAAGGAUGGGAGAUCUGCACCUCACCUCCUGGGCUCUCCUCUCCUCAGGACACUGCCAGGAGCUCCGAGGGCCUGCAGAGCCAGGUUUGGGGACAGUCCCUGUGCCCUGCCCUGCCCCUGCCAAUGCUGGGCCCAGAGCCCACCUCUCACACGCAGCCAGCUCAGCUUCCACUCCAGGUCAUUUGUAAAAGAAACCUCACCUGGGGACACCAGGAACUCUGUAGGUCAUGUCCUGAGUCUGAAAGAACCCAUCCAUCUGUUACAGAAGUUGUGGGAUGUUGGGAGAUACCUCCACAGCUCCACAGUGGUUCAGGGUUUAUGCAUUUCCCUAGAAACUGAUUCCACCUCAAAAGCAACAGAGUCAGCUUUUGUCAUUCUAAACGGGACAGUGAGAAACCAGCACUGAGUUCACAGAGGAUGUAUGCAGGGACAUGAUUUUCCAAAUAGGCCUCCACCAAAUGGAUGCAAGAAAUCCAGGGAAAGACUCCAGCAGAAGGGAGCAGGGCAGGGAGCACCUCGCUGCCAAGAACAGAGCUGUGGUGUGCCUCCACCCAGCCCUGGGGGCUGCAGCACACCCUGCCUGCCUCAGUGCAAAUCUCAGACUACAAACUGGGGAAAAGAGUGAAUAAAUUACAGAUUGCCUCGCCGAGAGAAUAUUUCCAACCCCCAGAUGGCCACAUCGCUGAAAAGCUGGGAAAAAGAACCCAAAAGAGAUUGCUGGCAAAAAGUCUCUUCCUUGACCCCUCAGAAUCUCAAAACUGUUAUUAUUAAAUAUCCCUGUCAUUUAGACCUCAAGUAUAAUAUGACACUGAUUUUAUUUAUUUAUUACAUUGCAAUUGAAAAUAAAUCCUCAGGGGCA